GUUUCUUUUCUUGCUUUCUGCAACGAUGGACGUCCUGCACACCCAGCUCGCGGCGUUACAGCACCAGCUGGAUUUCGUAGCAACAAAACCAAUUGACUGGAAGUUCUACGUGCAAGCAUUCUCAUGGGGGGUUACUCUUUUUGAGUCCUACCUUUUGCUCCGCCAGUAUCCCCUCUACUCUAAGACAGAACCACCUACUGUCCUUGCUGGCCACUUUAGCCCUGAUGCAUUCGAGAAAUCACAAAAGUAUGGAAAAGACAAGGCAAAAUUCUCGCUUUUCGCUGGUCUCUUCAAACAAUGUCUCGAUUCUGCGAUGAUCCAAUUUGGCUUUUACAACUGGGCAUGGGACGUUGCCCGUCAGGUCCUUGCGUCAUUCGGUUAUGGAACGGAAUAUGAGAUCACCCAAUCAAUCGCAUUUUCCUGCGUGCUUUUCUUCGCCUCCUCAAUACCCACCUUACCUCUUUCCAUCUAUCAAACUUUUGUCCUCGAAGAAAAACACGGCUUCAACAAAACUACUCCCACCCUCUUUGUUACAGAUCUACUAAAGGGAUGGGGAAUCGGCUUCGUCAUCGGCACUCCUUUCCUUGGAGCUUUCCUUUACGUGUUCAAGUGGGCAGGGGACCGAUUUGUGCCGUGGCUUAUGGCGUUCUUAUUAUGCUUCCAGCUCUCCAUGGUCGUCGUCUACCCCACAGUCAUCCAGCCGCUCUUCAACAAAUUAUCCCCUCUCGAAGAUGGCGAUCUCCGCACUCGCAUCGAAGCACUCGCCACUAAGCUUAAGUUCCCUCUCAAGCACCUUUACGAGAUCGACGGUUCAAAACGCAGCUCGCAUAGCAAUGCGUAUUUCUUCGGUUUACCUUGGAGCAAACACAUCGUCAUCUUCGACACUCUCAUCAAAGAAAGCAAAGCUGAAGAAGUAGAAGCUGUCCUGGCCCACGAACUUGGUCAUUGGUAUUACCUCCACCCGACCAAACUCCUCUGCAUUUCCCAGGUCCAUAUUUUCACCAUCCUUGCCCUCUUCCCUGCUUUCCUUCAUGCGCCUCAGCUCCUUCGCUCCUUCGACUUCUCCAAGGAGGUGUCCGCGCACCCCCCUACUAUCGUCGCAUUUUUACUCUUCCAGAUGAUCCUCACACCUCUCGAGUCCCUUGUCUCUAUCGGCCUCAACGCUAUCAGCCGCCACUUUGAAUGGCAAGCUGACCGCUUCGCGUGUGAGCUCCAAGAGAAACUUGGUAGCGCUGAGAUGCAUGAUAUGGGUGACCGCCUCGGUCGCGCGCUCAUCACGCUGCACGUCAAAAAUCUGUCCACUGUUUGGGUUGAUUGGCUUUACUCGGCAUACCACCAUUCGCACCCCACCCUCACUGAGCGGUUGAAAGCUCUCGACGCAUUCAGCGCGAAGCGUGCAAGCGCCGAGAAGAAAACUACGUAAAUAUGAUUUGUGUGUGUGCUGGGGUUUAAUGGGGAAUGUUGAAUUGUUUGUUACUCGCUGUAUUCUCGCCCAAGUGUUCAGAUGAGGAGAGACGGAUGUGUGGGGGAGUAGAAGAAUGACGGACUGGUAAGUAGUGUGGAAACAAGGCUUUAAAAAGAAUAUCGUACACCAAGGUAUACCCUAUAGUUGCCCAAUACCUCUUGUGAUUGCAAUCCACCCAAGUGCUUUUGGAGCUAGCGAUUGAGGCACGAUGGCAUAUAUUUCAAAAUUUUAUGCAAUUCCUUGUAUCCUGACUCAAUAUGAUUCAUUAUUCUAUCGAUUUGA